AUGCUUUUAAAAUGUUUGUUUUGCAUCGUUCUAUACAUAACAGAAUGCUUUACGCUGAACGAAACAACUCCGAAUACAGUAAAUGGAUCUGAAACAAGUACGGUGACUUCUGGUCCAAAUAAAGACAUAUGGAUUCCUCGUGUGAUCAAUGGCAUUCCAGCUCAGUUAGGAGAUGUUCCUUACCAGGUGUCCUUAAAGAAACUUAUGAAAGACGAUAUUUACAUGACUUUUUGUGGAGGAUCUAUAAUAAGUGAACAGAAGGUAUUAAGUGCUGCCCAUUGCUUUGUGGAAAAUGUACAAAUUAGCAUUUCACAAGGAGGGUAUAUUGGGACAAACUUGCUAUUGAACAAAUGUGCUGUCGCUGGCUGUCUUUUCAAUAAAGACAAAUAUACUGAUAAAAAUAAUCUAGCACAAUGGAGGAUGCUAGCAAGCGCUAGAUAUCCCAAAAAAUUCAACUUUCCCAAUCAUGAUAUAGCAGUUGUAUAUCUCCAUACCCCAUUCAUUUAUAAUGACUAUGUAGCUCCUAUUCCAAUUGCAUCAAAAAAUUUGGAUUAUCAUACGACGUGUUUGGCCUCAGGGUACGGUCGAACAAGCCAUACUCAAAAGAAUGCCAUUAGUAAUAUUCUCUUACUAGCACACUUGGAAUUGAACACACCAUCGACGUGCUCUGCACUGCUAUUAAGUAAUGCCGACAAUUUUGUGUGCAUUACUACACAAGCCUCAGAUGUUGCAAAGGGUGAUUCUGGCGGUCCUCUAGUAUGUAAAAAUACAAGUGAUCCAAAUGAAAAAGACAAAGGAGUGUUAGUUGGUGUCGUCAGCGGCCAUAGCAAAACCCGAGGAUCAUUCUUCACUAGAGUUUCCAAAUACUACAAUUUCGUAACCGACGAUUAUCCUUCGGGUUCUUCAUCAUCUUACUACCUGGAUACAUUUAUUCCUAUAAUGAUAGUGAUAAUAUACAAAACAUUUUUAUUCUGA